AUGGCAUUUCGAUUUGGGUUCCUUCUUCUUGCUUUGCUCAUUUGUUUGAAUGCCAAUUCCGUGGAUUCAGAUGAUGGAGCAACAUUGUUAGAGAUUAAGAAGUCAUUCAGGGAUGUGGAUAACGUUCUAUAUGAUUGGACAGACUCACCAUCAUCAGAUUAUUGUGCCUGGAGAGGCAUCUCAUGUGAUAAUGUAACCUUCAAUGUUGUUGCACUCAAUCUUUCAGGGUUAAAUCUUGAUGGUGAAAUUUCGCCUGCAAUCGGGAGCCUUAACAGCUUGGUCUCUAUUGACCUAAAAGAAAACAGACUAUCAGGGCAGAUACCCGAUGAGAUUGGUGACUGUUCUUCUUUGAAAAGCCUGGACUUGUCAUUUAAUGAAAUACGGGGUGAUAUACCAUUUUCAAUUUCCAAGUUGAAACAACUGGAAAAUCUGAUUUUGAAAAAUAAUCAGUUAAUUGGACCAAUACCUUCAACUUUGUCUCAGAUUCCCAACUUGAAGAUUCUAGACCUGGCACAAAAUGAGCUUAAUGGUGAAAUCCCAAGGCUUAUAUACUGGAAUGAAGUUUUGCAGUAUCUGGGCUUGCGUGGGAACAAAUUGGUUGGUUCACUAUCGCCAGACAUGUGCCAGUUAACUGGAUUGUGGUAUUUUGAUGUGAGAAACAAUAGCCUAACAGGAAGUAUUCCUGAAAACAUAGGCAACUGUACUGCCUUCCAGGUCUUGGAUUUAUCUUACAACCAGUUAACCGGAGAGAUACCAUUCAACAUUGGAUUUCUGCAAGUAGCGACCUUGUCAUUGCAAGGCAAUAAACUCUCUGGAAAUAUUCCAUCAGUGAUCGGUCUCAUGCAAGCACUUGCUGUCUUAGACUUGAGUUGUAACAUGUUAAGUGGACCAAUCCCUCCUAUCCUGGGAAAUUUGACUUACACAGAAAAAUUGUACUUGCAUGGAAACAAGCUGACUGGUUUCAUUCCCCCAGAGCUUGGAAAUAUGACAAAGCUUCACUACUUGGAACUAAAUAAUAACCAUUUAAGUGGACAUAUCCCGCCAGAUCUUGGAAAACUUACUGAUCUGUUCGACUUAAAUGUUGCUAACAACAACCUUGAGGGGUCAAUUCCUGGCAACAUUAGCUCGUGUAAAAAUCUUAACAGCCUCAAUGUGCAUGGGAACAAGUUGACUGGAACAAUUCCCCCUGCUUUGCAGAGCUUGGAGAGUAUGACUUAUUUGAAUCUUUCUUCCAACAAUCUUCAAGGUUCCAUUCCAAUUGAACUGUCACGGAUUGGUAAUUUGGAUACAUUGGAUAUUUCAAACAAUAAUAUAGUUGGCUCCAUUCCUUCUUCCCUCGGUGACUUGGAACAUCUUCUGAAGCUGAAUCUGAGCAGAAAUAAUUUAACAGGAUUUAUUCCAGCAGAAUUUGGUAAUCUUAGGAGUGUUAUGGACAUAGAUCUUUCAAAUAAUCAACUCUCUGGCUUGAUUCCUGAAGAACUUAGUCAGCUUCAGAACAUUAUAUCCUUGAGGCUCGAAAACAACAAAUUAACCGGGGAUGUGACGUCACUUGUAAUUUGCCUUAGUCUUUCUCUGCUUAACGUGUCCUAUAACAAACUAGUUGGUGUUAUUCCCACAAGCAACAACUUUACCAGGUUCCCCCCUGACAGUUUCGUUGGAAACCCUGGUCUUUGUGGUAAUUGGUUGAAUUUGCCCUGCCAUGGUUCUCGCCCUGUAGAGCGAGUUACAUUAUCUAAGGUGGCUAUCCUGGGAAUUACUCUAGGUGCACUUGUAAUUAUUCUUAUGAUAUUGCUGGCAGCUUGCCGACCACACAAUCCAUCUCCUUUUCCUGAUGGAUCACUCGACAAACCAGUUAAUUUCUCACCUCCAAAACUAGUGAUUCUUCAUAUGAAUAUGGCACUUCAUGUGUAUGAGGAUAUCAUGAGGAUAACUGAAAACCUGCACGAGAAGUAUAUAAUUGGAUAUGGUGCAUCAAGUACAGUUUAUAAAUGUGUUCUUAAGAAUUGCAAGCCAGUGGCUAUCAAGAGGCUCUAUUCUCACCAUCCAGAUUGCUUGAAAGAAUUUGAGACUGAACUUGCGACAGUUGGAAGCAUUAAGCACCGGAAUCUGGUCAGUCUUCAAGGCUACUCUUUGUCCCCAUAUGGCCACCUUUUGUUUUACGACUACAUGGAAAAUGGCAGUCUAUGGGAUCUUCUUCAUGGACCUACCAAAAAGAAAAAGCUUGACUGGGAUCUGCGUCUAAAAAUAGCACUUGGAGCAGCCCAAGGGCUUGCUUAUCUACACCAUGAUUGCAGUCCACGUAUCAUCCACAGGGAUGUGAAAUCUUGUAAUAUUUUAUUAGAUGCAGACUUUGAGCCCCAUCUCAUUGAUUUUGGGAUUGCCAAAAGUCUCUGCCCCUCGAAGUCUCAUACUUCUACUUACAUAUUGGGCACAAUUGGCUAUAUAGACCCUGAGUAUGCUAGAACUACCCGGCUCACUGAGAAGUCUGAUGUGUAUAGCUAUGGUAUUGUUUUACUUGAGUUGCUAACUGGGAAGAAAGCUGUUGACAAUGAAUCCAACCUCCAUCACCUGAUUUUGUCCAAGACUGCAAACAAUGCUGUAAUGGAAACCGUUGAUCCUGAUAUUACUGCCACAUGCAAGGACCUGGGAGCAGUAAAAAAGGUUUAUCAACUUGCUCUAUUAUGCACAAAGAGGCAGCCAUGUGAUAGGCCCACAAUGCAUGAAGUGACACGUGUGCUGGGAAGUCUUGUGUCAUCAAUCACCCCACCAAAACAACCAGCUCCACUGCCACCACCUGCAUCACACCAACCAGCUGCUAAAGUGCCAUGCUACAUGGAUGAAUAUGCAAAUCUCAAGACACCACACUUGGUUAACUAUCCAUCCAUGAGCACCUCUGAUGCUCAGCUCUUCCUCAAGUUUGGAGAGGUAAUCUCCCAGAACAGUGAGUGAGGAUUUUGAAAGAAUCAAAUUAAGAAUCAUGUAUAUUCAAAGAGAGAGAGAAAAAAAAGGUGAAUGAGGCAGGGGGAAAGUGGGUGGAUAAGUUAAUGAAAAUGUGUAUAAAAAAUUUGUAGUAUCAGUUUGUGUUGUUUGGAACAGGAAAGAUAUGUAUCACCUUACUACAAUUUGAAAGGUG